GCUCACCCUCCGCAUCUUUCAUUCGUGCCUGAAGCAGCAGCCAUUGCCCAUUGCUAACGAGAGUGGAGUGGUAGAGCAGUUCGAGUUUGCCUUUCUCUCUUGCUUGAUUGGUUGAUCGGUGACUCGAUCCAUCGUCGGAGGUACAUAUAGUUAGCGAGGAAUUCUCCGGCCGGCCACCGGCGACGACGACCGCAAGUGAUCCGUGAGGGUGGUGAACACGACGGCGGCUAUGGUGAGCGGCGGCAAGGGCGGCGUGCUGCCGCUGGCGUCCCUGAACCACAUCAGCAUAGUGUGCAAGUCGGUGGAGGAGUCGCUCGACUUCUACAUGAACGUCCUCGGGUUCACCCCCAUCCGCCGGCCCGGCUCCUUCGACUUCGACGGCGCAUGGCUGUUCAACUACGGGAUCGGCAUCCACCUGCUGCAGUCGGAGCGUCCCGACAGCUUACCAGCGAAGGAGAUCAACCCCAAGGAUAACCACAUCUCCUUCCAGUGCGAGAGCAUGGUGGCGGUGGAGCGGCGGCUCAAGGAGCUGGGCAUCCCAUACAUCCAGCGGUGCGUGGAGGAGGGCGGCAUCUACGUGGACCAGAUCUUCUUCCACGACCCCGACGGCUUCAUGAUCGAGAUCUGCAACUGCGACAACCUCCCGGUCGUCCCGCUCGCCGACCAGACCUUCGCCAUGGCCGCCUGCAAGAGGGUCGCCUCCGUCAAGCAGCAGCAGGUGCCCAUGCCGGUCGCACAAGUAGCGCAAGCAACCCCUGCUCCCACGGCGGCCGCGGCUUCGCAGUGCAUUCCCGCGCCGAACCCGGCCUUGCAGCGCGUCGGCGGCGAGGAGGCGGCGCAUAUCUCGUGCGCGUGAGAGGUGGGAGGCCGGGGUAGCCAGGCCGCCCAACUGGUGGCGCGCUCCGUGGAGUCGUGGUUUUUGUAUAUUGUGAUAUAACAGUGUGCGUAUGAAUAAAGUGAGGGGAGCAGAGUGUGGUUUCAGCUUCAAAUCUGCGUCUCGGAGCGGCCUAGGAUGAGCCCUCUGUUUGCUCUGUUUCUGCUCGUGAUCCUUCGAACUAGUAGUAGUACUCCCUCCCACACUAAAAAGUUUAUAUAUUUUUUUCUUCGAACAAAACCUAAAAUUCUUUUCUUUAGAAUCACCUUUUUUUUAGCGAAAACACCCGAGCCUAUUUAUUCAUCAAAUGGAAAAUUUUACAUA